AGCAGGGAGCUAUUUACAGCAUCAGUUUAUCACAGCAUCAGUUGCCUUCGCAUACUUGUCGUUUAUUAAAGAAGAAAACCCAGCUGACAGUCUUUCUCAUGUGCACUUCUCAGUUCCGCACGGGAUUUUAAGGUGUCUUGAUCACAUCGGACGUAGGAAGUGUUGUGCCCACAUGGGCAGUGUCCUAGCUUUGUCUUCUGGUCCAGGCCAUCAGAACUGGCCUUUCUCCACGGACCCCUCUCCUUCUCGCUGGGACAACCAUCCUGCUCACUGGGACAGUCCGCCACGCUGGGAGAGGAGAGAUGGCCGCUUACCCAACCCAGGCAGCUUUCACUCCCUCCACAGGAGCUGCAAAGAUGUUUUUCCUCAACAGAUUGAGGGUGUUAAGAUGAUCAUCAAUAAAACUCUGAGCAGCUUCUUCAAGGUCAGUCAUACUCUGCAUCUCAGUGCUGUUUGUCCUUCAUACUACCGAUUCCACGUGGAGCAUCUGCAGUCUGACGAUUACAGCAAAGACAAGGAUGCCCCAGCAUUGAUCGGUGAAAUGGACUCUUCUGGUAGUCUGAACGCUCACGCUCUGUUGCAUCUCUCUGAGCGUGUACGAGCCAGAACAGUGUUCCAGACUCAGCAGUCCCAGUUUGUAACAUGGCAGUUUGAGACUGAGUACAGAGGGAACGACUUCACCGCUGCUGUGACAGUAGCCAACCCAGAUGUCCUCAGAGAGUCAGUUAUCCUUGUGGCACACUUCCUGCAGAGUGUGUCUUCUGGACUGGUUUUAGGAGGGGAGCUCGUCUACCAUCGAGGAAGAGCAGAGGAAGGAGGAAUUCUUACUUUGGCUGGACAGUACUCACGACCAAACUGGGUGGCAACGCUGAAUGCCGGGAAAGGAGGCGCCCAUGCUAGCUACUAUCACAGAGCCAACAAACAGAUCCAAGUUGGAGUGGAGUUUGAAGCCAGUACCAGGACGCAGGAGACCACAACCUCAUUCGGGUAUCAGAUGGAGCUCCCAGAGGCCAACAUGGUCUUUCGAGGUAUGAUAAACAGUCGGUGUAUAAUAGGAGGUGUGUUGGAGAAGCGCCUGACCCCACUCCCCGCUACCCUGAUUAUGGGCGCCUUUGUAAAUCACAGAGGUGACAAGCUGCAAGUGGGACUAGGUGUCCAUGUGGGAUAAUCUUCCACUAACCCCUGCUGCCAUUACAACUCACUGUCAGGACCACCGUCCAGAGACCUGUUUCAGAGGCUUCAUAAUGACCUGCUCUUCCAAGGUUUGUCAGCCUCAGUAAAACUCUUGGAACCAUCUCAGUAAAGGGGAAUUUUUUUUGGGUGUUGAAGCCCAAAAUGUUUCUUUAAAUCGAUGCAUCUUAUCUUGCAACCUACCUCUCAAAAUGGAGGUGAUGUUUUCUGAUUGGGUGACAAUAGGAUUACACAGGAAGAUUGGAUUAACAUUUUGAGGGGAUCAACAUAUGUGACUUGAUAUAAAUUCCUGUCUCCCUGAAACCAGACUGCAAGUCACCUUCAGGAUAAAGGACACAGAAAGGAUUAGUGGCACACUGUACUGUAAACUGCAAAUAAAUUAAAGUUUUAUACUGUAGGUAGACACAAAGAAACUUUAUGGAUAUAGAUUGCAUUAAAAGAUAGUAGUUUUUUAUUUCAUUUUUAGCCCAUUAACUAGAAUUUAUGUAUACCUGACCUGUCUGCCGACUAUAUCAACAAGUUCACUGUUGUUUGUAAAACUAAUACAUGAUUUGUCCCAUCUUCCACACAGCCAUUGGUUUACAUUUGUGCCAGUAUCAUUUGAAAAUCAACUUGUACAAACAGCAUAGCUUGAAUACGUUGCUGCCCGCAGCAUUACCACAUGAUACUGACAAAGAAAAAAAUUAAGCUGAUUAAAUGUUCACUGAUUAAUUAUCUCAAGCCAGUUCCUAUGAGAUGAUUUUCACCGACUAAUGCUGAGAGGAUAACUCUAGAAACAAAGUGGUCAGCAGUAAUGUCAGCUCUGUGUGAGUUUUAGUAAAUGGUUGAAAAACAUGCUAAAACACUAGUAUGAUCACUAAAAUUGUGUGUGUAUGUGUGUGUGUUUGAUUGUGUGUUUGAUUGUCAUCUUUUUUUGCCAGCAUAUUAAAAGUGUGUGAGAGUACCACACGCAAACAAAUCCCCAGUUCACUCGUAAGACAAAAGGUGCUCCACCAUAUAUACUAACCCCAGCUGAGGGAUGUGUGAGUGGCUAUGCACUAACUCUGCUGAGCCAUUACUGUACUGUAUGUAUAUAGAUGAAGGCAUGUGGAAACACUGACUUGUAUGCAACUUGCACUACCCACGCUGCUUCUGGGCAUUUGUCCUGUUAAACAUAAGAAAUGUUGCAUAUGUAUUAUUUCUACAUUAUGUCAUAUAAGCCUGGAGAGAAGUGGAAGGGAAUGACUGUC